CCGACUGCGUAUAAAUUCAAAAUACUAAAACAUUAUCGUAUUAUUACUCGUUUGGAUCUCAAUUGAAACGGCCACAACGACAAACGGUGCAGGUUUGUGUUUUGGGAAAUUCGUUAAUCCGACAAUCACAAUUGAAAUUUCGUUAUUUUGAAAGUGUUGGGAAGAAAUUAAAAAAAAAAAAUAAAAAUAAACAAAAUGUUAUCCCAUAAAAAUAGUGUUAUAUCCUUUGUUGUUAUUCUCAGUUGUUGCCAUCAAUUGGUACUCUCGGCCGUCAUAGAUUGCCAGCGACCGCCUCAAUUAGUGGAUCCUGCAACAUGCUGCAAAGAUGGCGGACGCGAUGAUGUAACAGAAAAAUGUGCUCUGCGCAUGGGUAUUACAGGUCAGCCCACAGAUCCGCAGCCCAGUGUUGCUACAGCCACAUGUCUUGCCCAAUGCAUUCUAACCGAAUCGAAGUACAUGAACACAGCCGAUAGCAUUGAUCUAACAGCAAUUCGCACUGAUUUACAAACGAAAUUCUCCAAUGAUUCGGAAUAUGCCAAUGUUAUGUUCGAAGCAUUCCGUAAGUGUCAACCCAAUACGGAGAGGAAACUGCAGGCAUUCAAACAGUUGCCGAUGGGUCGCAGCAUUUUGCAACGAGGAUGCAGUCCAUUUGCGGGCAUGUUGUUGGGCUGCACCUACAUGGAGUACUUUAAAAAUUGUCCAGCCCAUCGAUGGACUGAGAGUGCUGAAUGUUCGCUGGCCAAGCAGUUUGUGACACAAUGUUCGCUGGGUGCUUAGUUGAACAUCGAUUGAUGGAAGGAGAAAAAGGGGGAACAAAGAGCAGAGAUUGCAUUUUUUUAAGAUGAUUUCAUUCAA